GAAAAAGGGGGAAUGGACGCAGAGAUACAGCAUCUGUAGCAAAGGAUGAAGGUUGUGUCAGAUUCAACGGUUUUUCCUUAAAAAUAACGAAAAAGAAUAGCGGCUGACAUCAUGUAUGGUUUUGUGAAUCACGCCUUGGAGCUCCUCGUUUUAAGGAACUACGGCCCGGAAGUGUGGGAAGAUAUCAAGAGGGAGGCGCAGCUUGAUAUUGAGGGUCAGUUCCUGGUUAGAAUCAUAUAUGAAGAUGGCAAGACAUACGAUCUUGUCGCUGCUGCAAGUAAAGUUCUCAAGAUCGAUGCGGGAGACAUCUUGCAGAUGUUUGGGAAGAUGUUCUUUGAAUUUUGCCAAGAGUCGGGAUAUGACACUAUCUUGCGAGUGUUAGGAUCAAAUGUUCGUGAAUUCCUGCAGAAUUUGGAUGCUCUACAUGACCACCUAGGUACCAUUUAUCCUGGGAUGAGGGCUCCCUCGUUUCGCUGCACCGAUGCAGAGAAGGGGAACAAUCUGAUUCUUCACUAUUACUCGGAGAGAGAAGGCCUGCAAGACAUUGUGAUUGGCAUCAUUAAAACUGUCGCUCAACAAAUCCAUGGAACAGAGAUAGAGAUGAAGAUGAUCCAACCAAAAAGUGAGGAGUGCGACCACAUCAAGUUUCUGAUUGAGGAGAAGGACUCGGAGGAAGAGGCGUUCUACGAGGACCUGGAUGGCUUCGAAGAGAACGGCACACAGGAGACUCGGAUCAGCCCAUACACGUUUUGCAAGGCCUUCCCGUUCCACCUCAUGUUUGACAAAGACCUGAUGCUCACACAGUGCGGGAAUGCCAUUUAUCGAGUCCUGCCUCAGCUCCAACCUGGUACCUGUAUCCUCCCUUCAGUUUUUUCUUUGGUCCGUCCUCACAUUGACUUCAGUUUUCAUGGGAUCCUCUCCCACAUCAACACCGUCUUCGUUCUGCGAAGCAAGGAGGGCCUGCUGAAUGUGGAGACCGUAGAGAACGAGGACGAGCUGACGGGGGUGGAGAUCAGCUGUCUGAGAUUGAAAGGACAGAUGAUUUACUUGCCAGAGGCGGAGAACAUCCUUUUUCUUUGCUCACCCAGUGUUAUGAACCUGGAUGAUCUCACACGAAGGGGGCUAUACCUGAGUGACAUCCCGCUACAUGAUGCCACGCGUGACCUGGUGCUGCUGGGCGAGCAGUUUCGUGAGGAGUACAAGCUGACCCAAGAGCUGGAAAUCUUGACAGAUCGUCUGCAGCACACACUCCGGGCCCUGGAGGAUGAGAAGAAAAAGACAGACAGAUUGCUCUAUUCCGUUCUGCCGCCAUCUGUUGCCAACGAGCUGCGGCACAAACGGCCUGUCCCGGCGAAACGCUAUGACAACGUGACCAUCCUCUUCAGUGGCAUCGUAGGAUUCAAUGCCUUCUGCAGCAAGCACGCCUCGGCCGAGGGAGCCAUCAAGAUAGUCAACUUGCUCAACGAUGUUUACACACGUUUUGACAUCUUGACAGACUCUCGGAAUAACCCUUAUGUAUACAAGGUGGAAACAGUGGGUGAUAAGUAUAUGACAGUGAGCGGCCUACCAGAGCCGUGCACACACCACGCCAAGUCAAUCUGCCACCUCGCUCUUGAUAUGCUGGAGAUUGCCGGACAAGUCAAAGUGGAUGAUGAACCAGUACAGAUUACUAUUGGGAUCCAUACAGGUGAAGUGGUGACUGGGGUGAUUGGCCAGAGGAUGCCCAGAUAUUGCCUUUUUGGAAAUACGGUCAACCUCACAAGUCGUACAGAAACUACUGGUGAAAAGGGGAAAAUAAAUGUCUCUGAAUAUACUUGCCGGUGUUUGCAGUCUACUGAGAAUGCCGACCCUCAGUUUCAUUUGGAGUAUCGGGGCCCCAUCACCAUGAAAGGAAAGAAGGAACCGAUGAAGGUGUGGUUUCUGUCCAGGAAUCCCACUGACCCAGAGUGCACCACAGAUAAAGUUUAACAAAUCAACACCAAAACCCCCACGAGUAGAUCAGGUGAAAUAAAAAAUGGUCUAUCUAUCUACAGACAUGCAGAUAUUUUUUAUAUAAUGAAUCACAGCUGUUUCAAAGUGAAGUUGUACCAUUGCUCUCCCUGCUUGUUUCUGCUUGACCAUGAUCUGCCCUGACAUCACUGUUUUUUUUAGCGUAGACAUAAUAGUAAAGUGUUUCACACACAGAAUAUUCUCACAUUGUUAUUGUACAUAACAUCACUAAAGGUUUUGAUAUGCAAAACAUUUUUCCAUCUAUCUUAAAUGUUUUAGGUGCUAAUUUGGUUAAAUACUGUAUUUGUUCUCAAGUCUGCCAAAGAUACCGAGAAUUUAAAGUCAUUACACCAUCAGUCUAAAAUACUAAUUAUACUUAAAUUAAUAAAAUAUGUUUUAACCAUUGUCAUUUUCACUUUUAAGGGUGAUAAUGACAACAACUUCAAUUAAAGUGACAGAAAUGACUUGUGAGAGUAUAUUAGCUUGAUGUCAUGUUUGGGUCAUUAAAUUCGUGUCACUAUUUGAGGGACCCAUUUUUUUCUCAUUGGAUAUGAGUUAUGAAGUUUUACACUGAAUAUGUUACACUGGCAGAAAGAAAAAAAAUUCAAAUUUAGAUAUUAUAGCUGUGGUAUUUAUAUAGAUUUAUAUCACCAUGUUCACCAGUUCUUUGACACAAAAGCCACUCAUUUAUUACAAUGAGAUGUAUUUCAUGUUUAGUUGAAAUAGAAUUUAGUUUCAAGUCGAAAAUUAUACACGUUGAGCCACUGGUAAACUGUAUUAUUUAUCUGUGACUGAAUUAUUAAAAUAGUCCGAUAUUUAAAAUGAGCACUACACACUACUUUAUUUAAUAUAUUUAUUGCACCUCUCUUACUUAUUACACUUUCACUUUUUGUCUGCUUCUGUGAAAUUAUAUUGAGUACUAUUUUCAGUUUUACUAAAUGUUACGUUACAUAUUUGUUGUAAACAUUAUAUUAUUUUUUCAUUAGAAAGUGUAAUUAUGACCUUUAGAAAACAGAUUAUACACUGACAAAAGCAAGGGAAAAAAAUUUGUAAACUUUGUUAUAGAUGAUGAAAUCACUAUGUGCUAUAUAUGUUGGAUUAAUUUCACAUGAGUAAACGUACCACGUUUUUUUCACCCUAUUUUUCCAAUGUCAUUAUCAUUAAACCUCACAUAAUGUCCUUGCAAGGAAUCCUCCCCAACCAUGCAGCUUUCUGUGUAAGAAACAAACAGGUGCCUCUUGUACUGUACGAGUGCAUUUCUGUGCUUGUAAGACACGAUUGUUUUAUUUUACCAAUGUCGUGAGGGGACUAAUAAAAAUAGUCUUGAGAA